GGGGGUUCCUUUUUGUUCAGAGAAAUAGGACACGAUUUCUUUUUGGUUACAAAUCAAAAAUCAAAUACACAUAAAAAAAAGCAGCCAAGAGAGAUUCAAAGGUGGUUAUUGCUAUUUGAUUUCGUUUUUUUUUUUCUUUUCAUUUUCAUCGGAUAUACUAAGAUAUAAGAGAAAGGGGGAGACUCACCAGAGUUGCAUCACGCUCACGUCGUCGGAGGGCUUGACUCCGCUCGCAAUAGUCGGAUUUUGGGGCGGUUGAAGCUUGGCCAUUCGUCUGGGGAGCGUGGGUUGUGGGCUGGGAGGGGGGGGGGGAAGCGUGUUGACCCAUUUGCCAGGAUUCCCCGAAGAGGCAAAGACCACGGAAGAAUGAGUGCUGCUUCUUUUUCAUGAUUCUGGCAAGUCCGUGAAUUUUUGUAUUCUUAGCAAGUGAAGAGGGAUAAUGGUUCCAAUAAACAUGUGGACUCACGGGAAAGAACCCAGACCGAGUCUGUCUAGAUUUAACUGGAACAGAUCGUGUUCUCUAUUCAUCAAGAAAAGGAGGAUACGAUAAAGAUGUUUUUAGUGCAAUGCUUCUUUAUUACAUGUUACAGUUACAUCUUUAAUAGGUAUCCAAUGCUGUUAUCAUGAUAGUUAAUUCCAAUUAAUCUGAAGUUUACAUAGGUUAUAAGACUAUAAGAAUAUGUAUUUGUCGGUGAGGGCAAGGCAAGCACCCCAUGUGCACAUCCCUUUCAUGCUAGCAAUUGUUUUGUCUUUUGAGUUUUAGGCCCACAACAGCCAAUCAUGCAUCCCUCCCAUUCUAUCCCAAGUCAUCGCCCUUUAGACCUACCAACUCAUGCAUCCAAUAUCCUUCAUGUACUGUCAUAUAAUCAUCAUAUUUGAAGUGUUUUAUAUUUAUAUAAAAUUUGAUUCAUUAAUAAUAAUCUGUAUAUAGCUUUUGAGGUAUCCAUGCAUACAUGUUAAUUUUUCUUUUUCUUUCUUUAAAUCAUGUUUAAUAUUAUCCGGUCUCCGUCGAAAAGAGAACCCAAAGGCAAUGGCAACUCUCCUUUUUAUCCCCAAAAGUUAAUUACUCUUCCAUCAUCCACCCAAAGUCUAUAACAGCUAGCACCUAACUUUUUCUCUGACAAUAUUUAUCGGCAUCACCCAUUCACCACCACCAAUUACUUGCACCUAUUCCAUCUUUCUAUCCACCCUUCAACCAACCACACUCAUCUUACUUUUAGCCAUGUUGAUCGGACUCCGGUAGUGUUGGGUAUACAUGUAUAUGUCCAACAUUGAGUAUAUAUAUAUAUAUAUAUAUAUAUUUUUUUUUUAAGUUGUUUUUUCAUAUUUAGAGGAUUAAAUUCUUAUAAUUCAAUUUAAGUACUUCCAUAUUGAUUAGACUAAUUGAAACUUUGUGAACCAAUGUCUUAUUUAUUAAUAAUAAAACCAUAGUCCAUUAGGACUAAUAAUCCCAGUUCUAAGCUUUUUUGUGCGUGUGUUAAUAUCAGAGUAAGGAAUGGCCUUAAAAGUAACCAGCCUUUUUUCCACUAUUUUCUAGUAUUAUUUUCUCCAUUUUUUUCAGCAAAAUAAUUAGUCUGACAUGAUUUAAUUCUAAAGAAGUCAAAAAAAGAAGAAAAUAAUUGGACUAAAGAUUACAGUAACACAAACAAGAAUCACAAAGUCUCUCUUUAUUAAGCUAAGUAAAAAUGAUACAAAAGAGCCCUCACAAAUCACGAAAGCAUCAGCUCCAAGAAUAGACGAGAAGAGAAAGAAAAUGGAACAAUGAAAAAAGAAUACACAAAUAAAUAGCUUAAUCUACAUCAAAGUAAACGAAACCAAAAAAAGAAGUGUCCUAAACAAAGAGUGCAACUCCUCCAAGCAAUGCUAACAAGUACAUGGUGUAUUCACGUGUAGAAGCAGCGGAACCUGGUGGGCCCUCCCCAGGGGUCAUGGCUGAAGGAGGAGCUUGUGGGCCCUCCCCAGGGGUCAUGGCUGAAGGAGGAGUUGUAGGUGCUGAAUUAGGCGUCAUAGAUGGAGGUGCGGGUGCCGGUGGGGUUGGUGCCUCUGGGGCAGAGGAUGGGGUUGGGGCCAUUGGAGUGGUUGAAGGGGUAGGAGCCAUAGGGGUUGACGGUGCGGGUGCUGACAUUGGAGUCAUGGCUGGGGGAGGGGUCAUGGUGGUUGGUGGUGGAGUGGCAACGGGAGAGGGGGUGGUGCUUGAACUUGGUGACAUUGUAGGUGAUGCCGAUGGACUUUGAGCCAUUGAACAUGAGAGUAAAGCAAGCAUCAGAGUGAGCUGCACAAGCAUGGCACUUGAACCAGCCAUGCUGCUACAAAAUUAACUCGUAAAUGUGUGGGAGUUGAGGAGUUAAGGUGUGAGAUGGGGAGGUAUGGUAGUGAAGGGAGAGAGAGUCCUGAAGUUGAUAUAAAGGCAGGGA